CGAUCGACGAUCAACCACUGUCGACACUGUGCUUGUGUGCCCUUCCGGUUUCCUUUCCUUUCCUUUCCUUCGCUUUGAUGUUGCUGCAGGUCUUUCUCACUUCUCACAAUUCCAAAAGAACCAAAACCAAAACCAACAACGACAAACCAAAGAAACUACUACUACUACUAUUAGUAUAAUGAUGGAAGGCAGCAUGAGCAGCAGCAUUAGCAUUGACAGCAUGGGAUCUCUAAUGUACGAAACUCCUGAAGCCAAGAAACUUCGACGUGAGUUCCGCAGGCAACAAGUGGAACUGAUGGAACUGAGGGCCGUUGGACUUGGAUUGGCCCUGCAAGAGACUUGUCACAAGUUGGACAUGGAGUGGAACUGCCUCAAGAGGAUGGACUCACUGAACUUGAACAUCUCCAACCAUUCCAGUAGAGGAUCUGUGACAAGCACGGGAUCUCGUCCUCGCAGAGCUUUCUCCACUCCGGCUGUUGUACCGCCACAAGAAAUUGCACUCGGUGCCAGACUAGGAUUACUAGUAGCAUCCAGGAGAAUCCAGUCAGUUACCAACACUCCUAGCUCUCUGCUAGAUACCGGUAUGGGAAGACCCAAAUUCCACAGCAACCCCCAAGCAUAACAAAAGAUAGUAGGUACCUGGUACCUUGGGAGGACAUCUAUGUCAGAGAGAGUGUGUGAGGAGCAACGCCCUUGUAUUUCUAGUAGGUUACACAUCAUUUAUAAAAGAGUUAUUAGAGGAAACAAUAGCCACACAAAACAAAAAAAGCAUCUGGGUAAUAGCUAGUCUAGCUAGCUAUUGGUUUCAUUAUUUCUUGGUUUCUUUUGCUCUCACCACACUGUUGUGUUGUUGCAUUUCAGUUCUCUGCCAUUGAUGGCAGGGCUACCGUACUAUGAUAGCUAGACACAAAACCCUUUACAAAGAACGGAUACGACCCGAAUGGACGAAUGAAACAACACUGCGUAGCGGCCGAAGCAAAUUUUAAUGUAACCGCACCCCGGCCAAGUGGGGGAUUGGCUGGUCUGACAGUAGUACGACCAAUGGCGCCUUCGCCGGCACCGGUUGCAUUUACGAGAUUAACUGGGUGGUGUGGCUGGAGGAGAGAGGAGGCAGAUGAAUGGAAGGAUGGAGGAUACGUGCACAGGAUGGAAAAGUGGGGGUUGCAAGACAGUUCUGAUAAGGUCCAUGGUGCAGGAAGCCAAAGAACAGCAUUAGUCUACUUGCCAGGAGGAAAACGCCGUUCCCAACGCCGUUCCCAACGCCGUUUCCAGUGGCAUUGGCAGAUUUCUUUUCCGUUGUUCAAUUCUUCUUGAACAAAAGAGACCAACAAGCAAGUCUACAAGUCUGUUUCGAUCUUGGGCAAUACCAACAGCACACCAUGCCACAGCUGUUCAAUUUCGAUACCUGCUUCGAGAUUCGAUUCGAGAUACCUCAGGCUCCAGGGUACUAGUACCUGGUACCGGUACCUUUUGUUUUUGCUGCCAGCCAUUGUGGCCGACUUCGCCUCUUGCCAGCAACUGGAAGAGGUAUGGGGCGGGUUCUCAAUGCCUGACUUCGCAAGAAGCCCCUUCAGGAUCAGAACAGAACCGUGGAUUGACGGUGGCAUGGUAGUCAGCCAUUGGGACCCAAUGCCUACCUUAAGCACCAGCAUUUGUGCCUCUUGGGAGACAACCUCUAACUCGAGCGAGCUUCGACAUUUCGAGCUUUCAUUUCAUUCGUCCCUUGCUUGCUACAUGUGUUUAUGUUGUUAGCGGUGGAUUUGUGAAGGUUUGAACGAGCUUCGUGUCGAUGUAGAAAGAAGACUACCGGUACGGUAGAACCUCAAAAUCAACCUCCCGAUCGCUGGAAGCAAUCCAAGUCUAAGUCGCCGGGGAUCUUCAGCCAGGAGAUUUGGAUUUUUCGCUCCGACUAUCUGCGACAGUGCUUGGUCUUGCCUUCAUUCAUUGGUUGCUUCUCUUGGAUCUCAACGAAGAGGCAGCUCACAGCUCCCCAACCUGAGAAGACCCCAAACGACACACACCCAUUCAACGAUCUGAUCAGGUCAUUCCGGUGCUGCUUCAGCACACGUGCAACGAUGUUGGGUGGACGUGAUUUCCAUCUUCGUGCGUCGACUCUUCAACUCUUCCUCGUCAAGGCGAUCAAAAGCCACCUCAUGCUUCCAACUUCGCAGCCGGCGGUCCGCUGACUGAGAGCGACCUCCCUACCGUACGGUACGCUGCGGGAUCGAUCGGAACAACAGCACCACAACAGCAAACUCACUGAGAGAGCUUUGAAGCUACUGUUCCUACGGGUACAUGUAGUCUAGCAGCCCAUAAGGCACUUUCCAAGCAGAGCGGGCAAGCAAGAUGGGUUCUUCUUGGGCAAUAUGCGAAGGUUGGUUCAAUAAAACAUGGACUCAAGGAACUAAGGAGCUGCUAAAGUAAGAGAGUGUGACAGUCGCUUUGCACGACCGCACCUUUUCCCAGUCACAGUUCGUGAUCAUACACGGAGCGAGCAUUGGACUGGUGGGUCGCUCUCUCUUUGCAAUAGAGCGACUAUUAAUAGGCAUGUAGUGCUCUAGCUCGCUAUUUAAUAGAUCGGUUGCUUUAUGCUA